CAACACCACCCCUCUCUGGGCGAACCUCAGAUCCUCAACAUCUCCUGUGACGGGCAGUGGUCACGGAAACACUGAGCGAGACAAGGGGAGAGCCGCCGAGGAGGGGGAAACGUGCACUAAGCCAUUUUCUUGGAGGAACCAGUGUCGUUGAUGGGAAGAGGAUGCAUUGCGGGCUGCUGGAGGAGCCUGAUAUGGAUUCCACAGAGAGUUGGAUUGAAAGAUGCCUCAACGAGAGUGAGAGCAAGCGAUAUUCCAGUCACGCGUCUCUGGGGAACAUGUCCAACGAUGAACAUGAAGAAAAAGAAAACAACAGAGCCUCCAAACCACAUUCGACACCGGCUACUCUGGAAUGGCUAGAAGAGAACUAUGAGAUAGCUGAAGGUGUGUGUAUCCCCCGAAGUGCCCUCUACAUGCAUUACCUAGACUUCAGUGAAAAGCAUGACACACAGCCUGUGAACGCAGCCAGCUUCGGAAAGAUCAUAAGGCAACAGUUUCCAGCGUUAACUACCAGAAGACUUGGGACAAGAGGGCAGUCCAAGUACCACUACUACGGCAUAGCUGUGAAGGAGACCUCUCAGUAUUAUGAUGUGAUGUACUCCAAAAAGGGAGCGGCGUGGGUGAACGAGACGGGGAAGAAAGAGGUCACGAAGCAGACAGUGGCGUAUUCACCGCGCUCCAAACUGGGAACGCUCCUGCCAGAGUUUCCAAAUGUCAAAGACCUAAAUUUGCCCGCCAGCCUUUCAGAAGAGAGGGUGUCAACCUUCAUCAUGAUGUACAGAACGCACUGUCAAAGGAUACUGGACACUGUUAUCCGAGCCAACUUUGAUGAGGUCCAAAGCUUCUUGCUGCACUUCUGGCAGGGCAUGCCGUCCCACAUGCUGCCCGUCCUCGGCUCCAACACCGUGGUAAACAUAGUCGGGGUUUGCGACUCCAUCCUCUACAAGGCCAUCUCUGGGGUGCUGAUGCCCACCGUCCUGCAAGCACUGCCUGACAGUUUGACUCAGGUUAUUCGAAAAUUUGCCAAACAGCUUGAUGAGUGGCUCAAAAUAGCACUUCAUGACCUUCCUGAAAACCUGAGGAAUAUCAAAUUUGAAUUAUCCAGGAGAUUUUCUCAGAUUCUAAAGCGGCAAACAUCAUUAAACCAUCUAUGUCAGGCGUCACGGACUGUGAUAAACAGUGCCGACAUCACCUUUCAAAUGCUGGAGGACUGGAGGAAUGUGGACUUGAACAGCAUCACCAAGCAGACACUUUACACCAUGGAGGACUCACAAGAGGAGCACAGGCAGCUUAUUAUCCACUUGUAUCAGGAGUUUGACCGUCUAUUGGAGGAGCAGUCUCCAAUCGAGGCGUACAUCGAGUGGCUGGACUUGAUGGUGGAUCGCUGUGUCGUCAAGGUGGCAGGGAAGAGGCCCGGGUGCCUGAAGAAGGUGGCCCAACAGUUCCUGCUGAUGUGGUCGUGUUUUGGUACCAGAGUCAUCCGGGAUAUGACCCUCCACAGCGCGCCCAGCUUUGGGUCCUUCCACCUGAUCCACCUCAUGUUUGAUGAUUAUGUGCUUUACCUGCUGGAGUCCCUGCACUGCCAGGAGAGAGCCAACGACCUCAUGAAGGCCAUGAAGGUAGAGGGCAGCACAGCAGAGAGAGAGGAGGAAUUCCCGCUGACAGAAACCACCCCAACCUCCCCGUCUCCAGGAUCUUACUCUCCCGCUCGGUCAGUCCACUCUGUGGGCGUUUCCUCGGCCAGCUCCCCCACAGCAGCCGUGUCCCCGGAGUACACCGGAGUCACCCCCACCACAGGCGCUGUUCAGUCAUAUACCUGGUCCCUUACAUACACAGUGACAACAGCCGGCGGCUCCACUCCAGAGGCCGGACAGCAGCUGUCCUGUAUGAGUAACAGCGCUCCAGUCCCACCACCAUCCUCCACCCCCCGGAUGCCUGUCUACAGAGAGGAGCAUGGGUAUACUGGGAGCUACAACUAUGGCAGCUAUGCCAACCAGCAUCCUCACUCCAUCCAGAGCCAGUAUCCCAGUCUGGCCCACGAGCCGGCGAUCACAGCCCCCCUCCACUAUUCCGCCUACCGGUCAUCUGCACAGUACCAGCUCAACGGCCAGAUGUCUCGAAUGGAGCCUUGCUUGAUGGGCAGCACUCCCCGGUUACACCCUGCACCCGUCGCCCCCCGGUGGCCAGAUGUGUCGCCAGCUAACACCUGUUACACCAGCCCACCUAUGCAUUCAUCCCGCUACGCCACCUCUGGGGACCUAUACUCUCCCCUGGGCCCACGCAGGAACUCAGAGUACGAACACUCGCAGCAUUUCCCCGGCUUUGCCUACAUCAACGGAGAGGCCACCACGGGCUGGGCAAAAUAAACAAUGCUCUGGACACCUGUGUAAAAGCUCCAGGCCUGCCAAACUGGUGGAUGCAAAGUCUCUGAACACUUCCAAUCAAGUACAUGAAAACGGAGGAGCAGAGAGUACAUAGUAAUAGGAAUCAUGGUAUGGACGUACUGACAAUUUUAAAAGUCUCUGAAUCACUGAUGAUUGUGAUGUAACUUGUGCAGAGGUUUAUUAAAAUAGAUGUUGUUGCUCACUGCUGGAGGAAAAAAUUCAAAUCAUAUAGAAUGAACUUGCAGCAAAAAUCAUUUUAGGAGUGCAAUGCUGCUGCCAAGCUGUGCCUUUUGUUUUAAGGAAUGUACACCUGUUUCCCUCGUCAGUCUCACAAGUCAGCACACCGAUCAUCCCACCGACCCUCAGUUUUGUCAGUGACUGACGGAUCAGGGUGCUGUAAGCCUUCACUGACACCAGUACAAUCUCAGUGACACCGCUGUCUCCUCUUGUUGCUCAGCAUUGUGCAGCAUCUUGUCAUGAACUCGCUGCAGCAGCUUUGUUUGCUGCAGGAUGUGGAUGAACUGUACUGCCUUAAAGUUCUUCUGGGACACCAGUUACAUACAGUGGCACAAAGCCAAAACACAAGACAGAUAUAAACUCCUUGAUCGGUGUGUUAAGGUGUCUCCAUCUUGAUAGUUUUUUAAAUGAUUGAAUGCAGUGACUCAAAAACAGCUGUGCGUGUGUAUUCUGUUGCAAGAUUUUUUGCUGUUUUACUGUGACUAUAUAUAUAUAUAUAU